CCUGACUGGCUCAGAAUUGACUCCACCUUCCAUCCUUCCGAGGAACCUUUAAUAUGGAACAGAAUUCUGAACAAAAGAAGGAUGCCUCUUUUUCUGAUUGCCUGAAUUUUCCAAGUUCUCCAGCAAGGUUGCAGCCUAGAAGACACUCAGCCAUUUGGACAAACAAAGAGCUAGUCAACUGUGCAGAUCAACCCAUAACCAACUUAAAUGUUAUUCAAACAGAAUAUGCUAAGACUCUGCAUUUAAAGAAUAUUGCUGUGCUUGACAAUGAUGAAAGGAUAAGUACUUCUACUGAAAAACAAGAAGGAAAAGUCAACUCUGUGACUGCUAAUCUAGAUAAAGAAAGAAUAUUGCAUUCCUUUUAAAUGAAUGGAUGUUCUAAGGGCAAACAAUAAGAAGCUUCAGGAUCAGCUGUUUGAAAAAGACAAGGAAUUGAAGACACUAAAGCUGGACUUAGAGCUACAAGAGAGUAUAGCAGAAGCCAAGAUAGCAGAAAAGGCUGCAGCUCUGGUAGAAGAAAUUCAUUCCGCACAACACGCCCAUGAUGAAGCCAUCAUGGCUAGGCUGAAGUUGGCCAGUGAGGAGAGGAAUGAUGCGUGUAAACAAGUAAGGCUACUGGAACAACCUCUCAAAACGCUAGAAAAUAUUAACCCUGAAGAAAAUGACAUGACAUUACAGGAAUUACUGAACAGAAUAAACAAUGCAGACACCGGUAUGGCGAUAUGGAGGACAGGAACUAUAAUUGUCGAUCGCAUAUACAGGACCCAGAAACAGAAAAAGAAAAUAACAGCUGAAGAAAUUAAUGCAUUGAUAGAAGAGCGAGAUGCUGCACUGGCUCAAUGCAAACGGCUGGAGCAGGAGCUUCAUCAUAUGAAAGAGCAGAACCAGACUUCUGCAAACAACCCUAGACAUCUGACUGCUAAAAACAAUCAAGAACGUGCUCUGAAGGAAAAAUUGCUUGUUAUGCAACAAGAGAGAGAAGCUGCUAUCAUCAGUCUAAAAUCUAGAAGAGAACUGCAGACUCUUCGUAUUUAUUACAGUUUGCAUCAAGCUCUCUCCCAAGAAGCAAAUCUCAAGGAUCAGUUCAACUCCACACUUAUAACAUAUGAAAAAGCUUUGAAAAAUAAAGAUGAUAUUGUCUCCAUGCUCUUUCUUCACAAUGAGGAGCUGGUCACCCAACUCCAGCAAAUGGCAGCAGAGAAAACAAGUGUAGAAUUACAAUUUCAGCAAACUUCAGAUGCUUUGCAGGAGACUACUGAAAAACUUCAAAAAUUGCAAAGACUGGUGGACGUCCUAAGGAAGAAGAUUGGAGCAGGGUCCAUUAGGAUGGUGAUCUGAUAGAAAGCACCAGUCUAGGGAAGCAUUCACAUCUGGAGACCAGGCUGCUUCAUUCAGUGCUAUGUAAACAUUAAAGCUUUAACUUAGCAAACAGUUGUUAGAAGUGGGACACUCCAACGACAUUCCAAGCCUAGAUAAAAUCAAAUCAUAAAUGUUUAACCACUUGGCUGCUGAGAUCUGAGAUUUAUCCAAAGGUAUUUGGUCAAUUUUGCUUUUGUAGCAGAUCUAUUUUGGUACAUUUAGUGAACCUGUGGUUGUCUACGGGAGUCUCUGUUUAAUGGUCAAUUGUUCUUUAUGGAAUUCUUGCUUUUUAUUUGAAAUGUAAGGUUCAAAAUACUGUAGAGUGUUCCUAAACUCUUACAUUCUCUGAAUUGAAUAGAAAAUUUUAAGAUUGGCAAAAGAUGCUGAAAUGUAAGGUGCUUCUAAUGAAAAAAGGGAAACC